AUGCCAUCCCCUCCAUCCCUAACAACCCACCUCCUACACCUCUCCCCCUCCUCCUUUACAUGCGCAACACAGACCCCCUUCCUGCGGCACGCAGGCCGUGGAACGCUGCCGAAAGAUGUGUUGGCGAGGUGGCUGGCGCAGGAUAGGUUGUACGCGCAGGCGUAUGUGAGGUUUGCGGCGGGGUGGAUUGGGAGGGUUGAGAUGCCUGUGGUUGUUGAUGGGGGGAGGGGGUUGGAGGAACGUGUUAUCUCGAAGCCUGGCGCUACGCAGCCACCUUCCUCCCCCCCCGCGACCGAAGCGGGAGGAGAGGCAGACGGAGGCGCGUUGAGGAAGGAGUUUAUUCCUAAUUGGACGGGUGAUGAGUUUGUGGUGUUUGUGGAGAAGAUCGAGGCGCUUGUGGAGGAGGUGUGGAAAGGUAGUAGGGAGGGGGAGGUGGAUGUGGGGGUGUUGGAGGGGGUUUGGAGAGAUGUUUUAAGGGUUGAGGAGGGGUUUUGGCCUAUAGUUAAUUAG